GUUAGAGGACAAAGGGAAUAAAAAUUAGUGUAUAAAUGAAAGAGGAAAUAUAAUGAAAAGGGCAUUGAGUCCUGGAGAAGAAGUGAUGAAUGCAACAUUUCAAUAAUCAACCAAUCCCUCCCGUGUGUGUUAAAAACCCUUUAUAGGGUUUCUAAAAUUUCUUCCAUUUCCUUUUUCUUCUAAAAUCUCUUCUACCUGUUUUUCACCAUUUUCCCCACUUCUGUUUUUGGCUCUAAAUCACUUCUUUUUGUGUUUGGGGGGCCUUUUUAUUUUAUUUUAUUUUUCCAUUUUUGAACCAAAAACAAAAACUCUCUUUUUCUGGGGUUUCUGGGUUUUGAGUUUUUUAUGCUAUUUUUGGUUUUUAAGCUAUUUUCUUUCUCUCAAACUUUUUCAAAACUCUUUCUUCCCUUGUUUGUUUUGUAAGAUAUAUACAUAAAUCCAUUAUUGAAGCACCCAUUUUUUAAAAUUUUGGCUCUGAUCUGAACAACCCUUUAAAAGAAAAAAAAAAAAAGAAAAAAGAAAAAAAAAAGAAAGUGAGUAAGAAUAGAAAAAAAUGGUGAGAGGAAAAGUAGAAAUGAAACGGAUAGAAAAUGCGACAAGUCGGCAGGUAACGUUCUCAAAGAGACGAAAUGGACUAUUGAAGAAGGCGUAUGAACUAUCUGUGCUGUGUGAUGCUGAAGUUGCUGUCAUCAUUUUCUCACAAAAAGGCCGUCUCUAUGAAUUUGCAAGCUCUGAGAUGCCAAGGAUUGUGGAGCGCUAUCGCAAAUGUGCAAGAGAUGCCAAAAACAAUACCAAAUUUGAUAGACAACUUCAAUUACAGCAGUCAAGGGUUGAAGCUGAAAGCAUUAAUAAGAAGAUGGAGUUACUGCAACUUUCUCACAGGAAGCUAUUGGGAUAUGGACUGGAUUCUUGUUCCCUUGAUGAACUUCAAGUACUUGAUGCUCAGCUUCAACGAAGCCUCUUCCAAAUUAGGGCCAGAAAGGCUCAGCUAUACAAGGAGCAGCUUCAACAACUACAAGAAAAGGAAAGACUACUUUCCGAAGAAAAGAAGAAAUUGUCUUUAAAGGUUACAGCUCACGGUGCCGCCGCUAUGCACGGCUGCCGGAGGAGCCCAACUUCGGUAGUCAACACCCAAUUGUCAAUUUGAUCGUACGUGGAUGACAUAUAUAUAUAUUCAACGUUACCCAAACACAAAAAAGC